GUUGUCCGUCAGUCUGGGUCAGUUUCAAUUGUGUUAAUUUUCAUCAACACAUAACUACCUACUCAAGCUAAAUUAAACUUUCUCCAUUCAUGAAAAGUUCAAAGUUGUUAAAAAUAACACGAUUAUUAUAGUAUUCGAUCCUUGUAACUAAUUUAUCUUUUAUAUGUUUAGAGUCUAAGUGAAAUAUGUAAGGUGACGAACAAACACAAUGAGUUAUCAAGAUGAAAACAAUUGUUACGUGGGAUCAUUUCCAAAAGAUUUUAGCUACGGGCCUUUUGAACAGAAUGAAGAUGAAGACAACACGUCAUUACAAGAGGAUCAUAAGCCUCGAAUAUUGCUCAUGGGUCUCAGAAGAUCAGGGAAAUCUUCAAUCCAAAAAGUAGUAUUUCAUAAAAUGUCACCUAAUGAAACUUUGUUUCUGGAAUCAACAAAUAAAAUUGUCAAGGAUGAUAUCAAUAACAGUAGUUUUGUACAGUUUCAAAUUUGGGAUUUUCCAGGACAAAUUGACUUCUUUGAUCCCACUUUUGACUCUGACACAAUUUUUGGAGGAUGUGGUGCAUUAGUUUUUGUAAUAGAUGCUCAGGAUGACUACCAAGAUGCUUUGGAUAAAUUACAACAAACUGUGACCAAAGCUUAUAGAGUUAAUAAUAACAUUAAGUUUGAAGUGUUUAUUCAUAAGGUUGAUGGUUUGAAUGAUGAUUACAAAAUGGAGUCUCAAAGAGAUAUUCACCAUCGGGCAAAUGAUGAUCUUGCAGAGGCAGGAUUAGAACAUGUACAUUUGUCUUUCCACCUUACCUCAAUAUAUGAUCACUCAAUAUUUGAGGCAUUCAGUAAAGUCGUUCAAAAAUUAAUACCACAGUUACCAACAUUAGAGAAUCUUCUUAAUAUCCUAAUAUCUAACUCUGGGAUAGAAAAGGCAUUCCUAUUUGACGUUGUAUCCAAAAUAUACAUAGCAACUGAUAGCUCUCCUGUUGACAUGCAAAGUUAUGAGCUCUGCUGUGAUAUGAUAGAUGUUGUUAUUGAUAUCUCAUGUAUCUAUGGAAUGGUUGACGAAACAGUUGAAGUAAACACAUUCAAUAAUCAAAGUUCAAGUUUGAUAAAACUGAACAAUGGAACUGUACUGUACCUUCGUGAAGUAAACAAAUUUUUGGCGCUUGUCUGCAUUUUGCGCGAGGAAAACUUUCAAAAGCAAGGUGUGAUAGACUACAACUUUCUUUGCUUCCGUGAUGCAAUAACUCAGGUGUUUGAACUACGAAACAAGUGUCAAAAUGCUUUGUCUGUAUCAAGGACAAGAUCAGAUUCACCAGAACCACAAGCCAAUGGCACUGCCGAUUCUGUUGAAAGCACUUCAGAAAGGUCCCAGGCACAAGUACCAUAGCAUAGAUUUAAUCAUAUCUAACCCUAUUAUAAUAUUGAUACAAAAUGUAAAUUUAUAUACUUUUCA